AUGGACCAGCCUGUUCAACCGGUUCAACUGGGAACCGGUCGCCAGUCUGUUUCAGCCAUAUAUAUUGAACCGGCUCUUGAUAAAAUGGAUAAUGCCACCAAUUACAAAGCCGCGAGAAGAUUGCUUUAUGACAAGUAUCCCAAUAUUUUGUGGACACCAUGUGCAGCUCAUUGUUUGAAUUUGAUGCUAAAGGAUAUUGCCAAAAUUCUUCACAUAGAGACUUUGGCGCAUCGUGCCUCUUCAAUUAUUGUUUUUUUAUACAAUCACAAGUGGACUUUGAGUUGGCUAAGAGGCAUAAAAGGUUGGACAGAAAUUCUUCGACUUGGUGAUACUCGAUUUGCAACAACUUUCAUUGCUUUGAAAAGUCUUCAUGAUCAUAAGUCUGACUUGCAAGCUAUGGUUACUUCUAGAGACUUUCUUGGUUGGAAUGGGUCUAAGACAAAAAAAGCAAAAGAUGUUUGCAAUAUUGUCUUGGAUAAUCAAUUUUGGAAUGAUUGCUUGGUAGUAGUCAAAAUAGCCUCUCCACUUGUGAGAUUGUUACGCAUUGUUGAUUUUGAUGAAAGACCUUCUUUGAGUUACAUUUAUGAAGGAAUGAUUAGAGCAAGCAAAGCUAUAAACGAGACAUUUAAAUAUGUAAGGAGAUUGUACCAACCUUACAUCUCAAUUUUGGAGGAAAGAUGGGAGCGCCAAAUGAGUGAAGAUAUUCAUGCGGCCGCAUUUUGGUUGAAUGCAAAAUUUCAAUAUGAAAAAGACACUAUUAGGAUUUGCCAAUCGCCGGAUGUUAUGGAUGGGUUUAUAACUAUAAUUAGCAACCCUAAUAUUGCUCCGAACUAUAACAAAAUGAUAGUUGAAUCUUCUAUCUUUCGAGAGCGAAUGGGUAGCUUUGGAAAUAGCUUGCCCCAAUCUUCUAGCAAAAAUACAAGGCCAGACGAAUGGUGGAGGUUCUUUGGGCAUAUUGCUGCUAAUUUACAAAAGCUAGCUAUCAGAAUUCUUAGUCAAACAUCUUCUUCCUCGGGUUGUGAAAGAAAUUGGAAAUUCAACAAGAGCAACAAUCUAGAUCCGAUCGAUUAUGAGUGUAUUGACAAAAUUGACACUUGGGUCACUGAAAAUAAGCCUCCACGGGAACCCGAACUUAAUCUUGAGGAUUUGGAAAAUAUAAUUGCUCAAGUAGAAGGAGAAGGACAAGGACAAGGACAAGGACAAGAACAAAGAGAAGGAGGGCAAAAUGAAUUUGUCCAUAAUAUUCAUGAUUCAACAAAUUAUAACGAUGAUGAUGUUUUGGCGGUUCAAGAGGAGGAUUGUUUGAUUGUUCAAGAUGGAAUUAAUAUCUCAUCCUUUGAUGUAAACCAAGGCAACAAAGAAGAUGAAAUUCGUGGAAAUGAUAGUAAUGAUUAA